AGUAUCGUCCAAUGAUAUUGCGCGAGUGCACGUAACCUCUCCGAAUAGAAAAUAAAAAGAAAAACACAACGAAAAAGUGAUCGGAGAUCAGUUGGCCAGCUUUUGUCCCUCAAAUUCGGCUCAUUGUUAAUUUUUUCGACAAAUAAAUCACUCCAAGAAGACAACGAUCAGCGAAAAUUAACAGGAGUGGGGCGAGGAAGGUGGAUAGUCAUCAGAAAGGAAUUCACCGAGUGAUGAUAACGUGAUGACUCAAGCUUGGCCUGCGCAGUAAGUCGCCGACUGUCAUUGCAACCAGGGUUGUGAAAAUAAUAUUCUACUUUGGGUGAAGACAGGGAUAAUAAAAUAAAUUGGGAAGAUGUCAAAUGUCAGCAAUUUGGAGCAACAAAUAGCCAAUCUGCAAAUUGAACAUGGUAGCCCAUCGAGUUUCCAAAAUGCGGGGAAGAGUGGGAAAAAAGUGGGGCCGGUUGUCCCCCCAAAGCCCAAGAAAUCACAGCCCCAGGUUCCCCAAAGCUAUCCGAUAAAAGCAUCUAUGACUCCAUCCUAUCCUACAGUCCUGAACAACUCAGGUAACAUCGAGAAAACGACAAAUCUCUACGCAAACUCUCCAGCUCCAUUCUCAGCUCCCCCAGAGAAAAAUGUGUUCCCGAGGUCCCACGGCUCCACCGAAAAAUUCUACAAAAACGAUAAUAAUUUCUACCAGAAUAACGAUCAUUUCUACACGAACGAGAGCCAGGAGAAGUUGUAUACAAACGAGAAGAAUUUCUACUCCAACAUAGGCAACAUUGCUGGCCCUCAAGUGCCAGUGGACGACAGAUCAAGACAUGCAACUAGAAAUGCUGUUUACAGUAACAUCGAACCUGCUGUUCCAAUUCCCAUUCCUGUACCCACUCCGGUUGCCAAUAAGGAGAAGGACAUUAUCUACAGCAAUAUCCAGUGGAAUAACAAGCCUGAAAACACUUACUCCAACAUUCCAAAUCACGACGACCUUCCUCCACCGCCUCCAGGACCAACCGAGUACAUCUCCUGCGUUCCCAGCACCUUCCCCCCGCCCCCAGACGAGCUUCCACCCCCGCCCUCGCCAGUGUCAUCGAGCUACUCGGAGCUCCGCAGAGCUACCUACCAACCAGAGUACCCAUCCAACUACCCAGAUCUGUACGGUCCCAGUUCGCAGUCAUCCUCAACCUACGAGUCCAUCUACGAGCCCAUCAAUCCCAGACCUCCCUCUCAACUCUCCUGCAACUACUCCACUUACUCGGGCUAUGGUUCAGCGACAUCAACUCAACCCCCCAGCAAGGUAUCACCGGUUAAAGAGGUGGACACUCUCACUCACUUGCUGGUUCAGGGAAUGGAGGACAAUCAGGAUGACAUCUAUGGAAUUUGCGCCCAGUGUGGGGAAAAGGUCGAGGGCGAGGGUAAUGGCUGUUCUGUUAUGGAUCAGGUCUUUCAUAUCAACUGUUUCUCCUGCUUCGUAUGUCAGGUCAAUCUCCAGGGAAAGACGUUCUACUCCCUUGAGGACAAACCCUACUGCGAGGAGGACUACUUGAAUACCUUGGAGAAGUGCUGUGUCUGCACGAGACCAAUUCUCGACAGAAUUCUCAGGGCAACUGGAAAGUCUUAUCACUUGUCCUGCUUCACCUGCGUUGUCUGUGGACAGAGUCUCGAUGGCAUUCCAUUUACUGUAGAUGCCACUAAUCAGAUUCACUGCAUCCAGUGCUUCCACAAGAAAUUCGCCCCCAGGUGUUGCGUCUGCAAGCUACCCAUUAUGCCUGAACCUGGAGAGGAGGAGACUGUCAGGGUUGUGGCACUCGACAGGAGCUUUCAUCCUCAGUGUUACAAGUGCGAAGACUGUGGUCUUGUACUCUCGUCAGAUGCUGAGGGCUCUGGAUGCUAUCCUCUUGAUGAUCAUGUACUGUGCAAGAGCUGCAAUGCCAAGAGAGUCCAGGCCCUCACCUCGCACAUGAUUACGGAGUUGUAAUUGAUGAGGUUGAAGAGAAAUUCGUAGGUUAUGAAAUUAUAUGAUGAUUACGGACAUCUCUUGGAGGAAUUGAGUUCCCCAGGGAAAAUUUCUGGAUAUUUUAUCGCAAAAUGGUCAGGUGAUGAUAGAUAUUUAAUGCUUGUGAUAGAGUAAUGAGAGCCCGGAGGUGAUUCUACAAUUAAAAAGCUCCAACUUCAUUUUUUUACGUUUCCAGACGUGAGACUUCAAAACGCUUGCAAUGAUUUUUAUAAUUUUCAUAAGACAAUUUUUUAUGAAGCCAUUGAUGAAUAAAUAUUCAUCAAACCGCAACGCCAAUGGCGCCCUAAAUACAGUAUCAACAUUGCAGUAAUGUUUAAUACAUUUUUAACGGGAUUUCCAUGUGAUAACGCAUCAAUAGAAUAUUCAACAGUAGAAGUUAUCCAAGUUAUAAUUAAGUGUCAUUAGUUCAUAAAUACGUAAUGCCAUAAUCAAUGCAUUUAUUGAAUAUAUGCCACGUAGUUUAUGAAGUGUAAUCAUUCAAUAAAUUGCUAUCUGAACGUCAAUUAAA